UACCACUUUCAACCUUUAGCACAAGAGUAAAACGAUCAAGCUGCAGUACAGUAAACUUUGUAACCUGUCUACCUCUCCAGCAUUAACCAUGGCGCUUCAAGCGAAAACUCUGGUCACCUCUAAAUGGCUGGCCGAUGCUUUAAAGGUUCAGGGGAAAAUGCGCAUCUUGGACACUUCUUGGUUUUUGCCCAAAUUGCGGCGAAACGCCAAGAGCGAGUUCAAGAAGAAGCACAUCCCGGGCGCAGCUUUCUUUGACAUAGAUCAGUGUUGUGAUAAAACUUCUCCUCUGGACCACAUGCUCCCGUCUGAGAGGAACUUUGCAGAUUACGUCGGAAAUUUGGGGAUCGAGCACGACACGCACGUCGUGUUGUACGACGCCAGCCAGUUCGGCGCGUUCUCUGCGCCCCGUGUGUGGUGGAUGUUCCGGGUGUUCGGGCACAGCGCGGUCUCGUUGCUCAACGGGGGGCUCAGGAACUGGGAGCUGGAGGGUCUACCAGUGAGUGACCAGUACGUCAAACCAUCACCGUCCGAGUUCAAGGCUUCCCUGAACCGCUCCUGGAUCAAGACCUACGAGGACAUCCUGGAUAACCUGGACACCAAAAGGUUCCAGGUGGUGGACGCCAGGCCUGCAGGCAGGUUCAGAGGACUGGAACCUGAACCCAGAGACAACACAGAGCCAGGCCAUAUCCCCGGUUCCAUCAACGUGCCCUUCCACUCCUUCCUGUCCACCUCGGGUCACUUCCUGCCCAAGGAGCAACUCCAGGGUUUGUUCGCCCGGGCGGGUGUGGACCUCAGCCUCCCUAUAUGUGUCUUGUGUGGCUCGACUGUUACUGCAUGUAACGUGGCGCUGGCGGCCCAUGAAUGCGGGCACCCUGAUGUGUCGGUGUACGACGGUGGUUGGUCGGAGUGGUACACCCGCGCCGUGCCUGAGAACGUCAUAUCUGAAGGACGGGGGAAACAUUUGUGAUUGGUUCUGGAUAACAGAAGCAGGGGUUGAUGGGUUGGGACUGGAUCAGACUGGUACUGGAAGACAAGAGAAGAAGGACAAUUUUCUUUGAUUGUUUCUAUGUGUUAAGGUUUAAAGGAAUAGUUUGACACUUUGGAAAUACUUUAAGUGUUUGAGUCAAUAUCAACAUAAGGUGCCUUUGAGACUUCCCCAUUUCCAAAAUAAAAGUUCAGAUUUUCCAUUUAAUUUCAUAUUUAUUGUAUUAAAUAGAGGUUAUGCUGUUAGAAAUGCAUGUUGGUCAAGCUCCCACACUUUUUCCCAUGCAAACAGCAAAAUAUGUCCACCCUGUCAUGACAGGGUGGACAUACUUUGCAUUUAAUUUAACAUGGAUGGAACUUCAGUUAGUAACAUGACUCAGUUAGCAAGUUGACUGUUUACUGUUUACAGUUACCCCAUAAUGACAGGGUGGACUGCAAUUUCAGUGACACAUGAAACAUGUUUGAAAUGAUUAUGAAAAUAAAAUAUAUAUGAUCAAAAUGACUCAUUUUAUCAAAUAACUUGUUGUGAACAAUAUAACCAUGUAAUUUUUUUUCUGAAUUAGUAUCAUUUAACCACUAAUUACACACACUGUAGUAGGCGCAGCAGUGUGUGGGACAUGCCAAAAUCACGUACAUCCAAUGAAAAAAAAAAGAAAAAAAAAAAGAGUAUAAAAUGAAGAAAACACAUUUUAGGAGAUUUUCAUUGUACUGAUAUGUGUGUAAAUGUUUGGCCAUUUAUAUAUUAUUGCAUGAUGACUGGGCAAUUCUGAUGAGGACACCACAGGCACUUUAUAGUGAUAUUGACCGUUUAUUUGCUGUCUUGGUGAGAGUUACAUGAGAUGAUUUAUGAAGCUACAGCCAGCCGAUGGUUAGUUUCGUUUAGCAAAGACAGGAAACAGGAAAAAGCUUGCCAUGUUCUACUACACUCAGCACUUCAGCAGUUUUAAAAAUGUACAUGUAAUAUCUUGUUUGUUUAUGUGCACAAAAAUAUGGAUGUCACUUUGUAUUUAAAGUACAGAUAAGAAGUGUGGUAUCAUUUUUCUCAUUUAAUUCGAGAUAGAUAAUAAGCAAAUUUCCCAAAAUAUGAAACUAUUCCUUUAACUCAAAAAACAAAACAAUGGGUAAUCAAAACAUAUAUUUUUGCAACAAAUGGGGAAUUUUGUCAUGCCAAACACAUUAAUAGAUGCCUUGACUAAAGAGCCAGCAAUAUAACACUACACUUGACUUUUUAAACUGUUUUGGAACUGGAAAAGAUUUGUUUACACCUGUAAUACUCAUGUUGGAAUAAAAUAAAGCUGCACAAUCUCAUGUGCUUCGAUCUUCAUUUCAAUUAAAUGUAUGUGAGUGUUAUGUGAGUGUGUGUGUUUUGAAACUGCACUUUAAGUUUGACCAUUGGACUUCAGAAUGCUGAUUAGACUGACACAAACAUGCUAAAAAUUACUUUAUUAUAGACUGUUGAUACAUAUUAGUUGUAUAUUUUGUCUAUAAAUGACAACACCAAAAAACACCAUAUUAUCGGAUGUCCAAAAAUGCCUAAAAUGCUAAAAAAUACUUUAUUAUAGUCUGUUGAUACAUAUUAGAGUAUAGUUGUCACACCGCGGUUGGUUUUUUUGUCUUGUGAAUUUACGGUUUUAUUUUGAAAAGUAACUUCUGGUUUUAUUUUGAAAAGUAACUUCCCUCUCGUUUCAGGUCACUUGCCCUUCCUCCUGUGUCAUGGUCUGGUGUCUUCCCUGAUUCCUGAUUGUUUCUACCUGUGUUCCCCUCCCCGUGUGUAUAUAGUCUUUGUCUUCCCCUGUCCUUGUUGCCAGAGUAUUUCGUCGUCCUGUCGUAUGCGUCCAGCUUUGUUCACAGUCCUGUAUUGAGUCAAGUUAAGUGUGUCAAGUUUUAUUUUCAGAAUUGCUUUUCCUCUGAAACAGAGUGAUUUUUUGUUCAUAGUUUUCUGGUUAGCUUCUUUUUAUUUUCUGGUCAGAGUAACUUUUGUAGUGUUGUUUUCCUCCUUUUGGAGCGUUUUUUGUUUAAUUUUGUAACAGAUAAGAAUAGAUAAUUUCAUAGCCUGUGUGCUUUUCCUCUUCGGAGUGAUUUUUUUUCAAAAUUUUCAUAAAGUAUUUCCUGUUAAGAUCAGAGUAGUUAUUUUUCUCCUCCUUCGGGAGCGUUUUUGGUUCUGUUUGUUUUGUGUUCUUGGUGUGUCUUUGGACCUUCUAGAUUUUCAUAGCUUGUUGAUUUAUCCUGUCUGAGAAAUCUAUUCAGUAAAAUAAAGCCUGUCAUUACUGCUGCCUAUCUGCAUCUGAGUCCUCCUUUUUGCCCAAGCCUGACAAUAGUUUAUCCCUAAAUUACAGAAAAACACCAUAUUUUUGUCAAAAAUUGUCAAAUUUUAAAAUGGCUGAAAAUUACUUAUUAUAGUCUGUUACAAAUUAGAGCAUAGUUUGU